UCGGAAUAGGAAUAGAAAUAGGAAUAGAAAUGAGAGGAGGAAUCAGCUACUGGUUAUCUGAGCACCCGGCUAUCGUGGGGUUCAGGUGGGGUGCCGAUCAAUUGUGGCUCGCGACGUGGCCGUCGCUCAUCGUCUCCCUCUCCUUAUUCGCGGUCCUAGCCGUCUCGCUCCACUUCCUCCUCAACCUGCUCGGGCGGAGCCGCCCCGUCCCUCUCGGCCCCAUCCCGGCCCUCCACUCUCUCGCUGUUGCUGCUGUCUCCGCCAUCAUCUUCGUCGGAACCCUCCUCUCCACCGCCGCUGAGAUCCGCGACACGCGGUGGUCGUGGCGGCGCCUUCACAUGGCGUCGCCGCUUCACUGGCUCCUCUGCUUUCCGGUGGGGACCCGGCCGUCGGGGCGCGUGUUCUUCUGGAGCUACGCCUUCUACCUGUCGCGGUACCUGCACCUGCCGCGCGCGCUCUUCGCGGUGCUGCGGCGGCGGCGGCGGCCCGUGGCGCGCGUGGCGGCGCAGUGCGCCCUGGUGGCCAUGCCCUUCCUCUGGCUCGAGUUCUCCCAGUCCUUCCAGGUCCUCGCCAUCCUCGCCGCCUCCCUCGCCCACGUCCUCGUCUUCGGAUACCGCUUCUGGAUCUGCGCCGCCGCCGCCAGGGGAGAUGGGGCGGCGCCGCCCCCGGCGACGGUGGUGAUGGGGUGUCAGGUGGGGCUCCUGUGGUGCAACGUCGCCUGCCAUGUGGGGGUCCUCGUGCUCCACUUCGGCGGCCGCCGAUCCGGGGGGUGCAGCGGCAUCGGCGCGUGGGCGUUCAACUCCGUCCUCAACGCGGGGCUCCUGUGGAUCUUCCUCGACUGCUACGCCCACUACAGGGAGAAGAGGUGGAGGAGGAAGGCCGUGGGAUGCGACGACGAUUGCGGGAGCACGCGCCAUUGGCGUCGCCGGCGAGGUCGUCGAGCUCCGUCCAAGGGGGAGGACAAAGGGGCGAAGGACAGAUAUUAAGAAGAAAAUAAAGAGAAAGAAAGAGGAAAAUCCCGCAUGUUGCUGUAAGGUGCCUGCAGCAGGUGAUAGCAAAUGUAAUGUUGACGAGACAGAAUGUUAUUUCGUGUGUGAAUUUUAGCGGUGAUCUAUGAUAAUAAUAAUUUAAAAAAAAAAAAUGAGAGCGUCAUGGGCAUGGUAUGCGCGUGCAUGUAUCAUACUAGAAACAAGCAACAGCUUAUACCGGGCAAAUGUAUAAAGGGUUAAAUACCAGAUUCUGAAAGUCCCGGUCAUCUAUCAAAUUUAUCAAACACUUCAUU